AUGUUCUUUCAAAGCUUUAAAAUAUGUUAUAUUCUUGGAAAGCGCUCUAGAUCAAAUGUCAGUGAAUCAGGCAAUUGGUUUAAUGGUGUUUGGAAUUUGACUGUGGACAUUAAUUUGGAAUUGCUUCAAGGCUCGACAAGAACUGAUUGGGAUGAUCUUCCAAAUAGUCUGAUUAAUGUUUACCUUAUUCCUGAUAGACUUGAUACAUUUGUUUAA